CGCUCCGCGCAUCCACCGAGCCCGGCCGCUCGCUGGGGCCGGACGACGAUGGGCACCGACCGGGACCCCUGAGCGAGCGACUGACUGCAGCUGCCUGGAGCCGCGGCUGCCCGCGGCGCGGCCGAGGAAGCAGCCGGCCGCCCCGUUCCCUCCAGCCUCCUGCCCAGCCGAGCCCAGCCCAGCCCAGCCCAGCCGAGCCAGGCUCCUCUCGCCGCGGCGGCCGAGACAGCAAGGAUGUCCCCGACGGCCUGGGAGGCGCUGGUGGCGCUGGCGGCCGUGGCGUGCCUGGCGGAGGGUGUGCGCGGCGGCGGCGGCGGCGGCGGCGGGCACGGCCUGAGCAUGUUCGCCGUGCAGACGGCGGCGCAGCCGGACCCCUGCUACGACGAGAACGGGCAGCCGCGGCGCUGCAUCCCGGACUUCGUGAACGCCGCCUUCGGCAAGGAGGUGCGCGUGUCCAGCACGUGCGGACGGCCGCAGGCGCGCUACUGCGUGCUGGCCGAGCGCGGCGAGGAGCGCACGCGCACGUGCCACCUGUGCGACGCGGCCGACCCGCGGCGCGCGCACCCGGCCGCCUACCUGACCGACCUCAACAACCCGCACAACCUGACGUGCUGGCAGUCGGAGAGCUUCGUGCAGCACCCGCUCAACGUGACGCUGGCGCUGGCGCUGGGCAAGAAGUUCGAGGUGACCUACGUCAGCCUGCAGUUCUGCUCGCCGCGGCCCGAGUCCAUGGCCAUCGCCAAGUCCAUGGACGGCGGCAAGACGUGGGUGCCCUUCCAGUUCUACUCCACGCAGUGCCGCAAGAUGUACAACAAGCCCACGCGCGCCGCCAUCACCAAGCAGAACGAGCAGGAGGCCAUCUGCACCGACUCGCACACGGACAUGCGCCCCCUGGCCGGCGGCCUCAUCGCCUUCAGCACGCUCGACGGCCGCCCCUCGGCGCACGACUUCGACAACUCGCCCGUGCUGCAGGACUGGGUCACGGCCACCGACAUCAAGGUGGUCUUCAGCCGCCUGCACACCUUCGGCGACGAGAACGAGGACGACUCCGAGCUGGCCCGCGACUCCUACUACUACGCCGUCUCCGACCUGCAGGUGGGCGGGCGCUGCAAGUGCAGCGGCCACGCCUCGCGCUGCGUGCGCGACCGCGACGGCCACCUGGUCUGCGACUGCAAGCACAACACCGCCGGCCCCGAGUGCGACCGCUGCAAGCCCUUCCACUACGACCGGCCCUGGCAGAGGGCCACCGCCCGCGAGGCCAACGAGUGCGUCGCUUGUAACUGCAACCUGCAUGCUAGAAGGUGUCGUUUCAAUAUGGAACUCUACAAAUUAUCUGGUCGCAAGAGUGGAGGCGUCUGCCUUAACUGCCGACACAACACAGCAGGUCGUCACUGCCACUACUGCAAGGAAGGCUACUAUCGGGACAUGACCAAACCCAUCACCCACAGGAAAGCAUGCAAAGCAUGCGAUUGCCAUCCCGUGGGUGCAGCUGGAAAAACCUGUAAUCAAACCACAGGGCAAUGUCCCUGCAAAGAUGGCGUGACGGGCAUCACUUGCAACCGAUGUGCCAAAGGUUACCAGCAAAGCCGAUCUCCCAUUGCCCCCUGCAUAAAAAUUCCCGUCGUUCCUCCGACAACUGUGGCCAGCAGCACGGAAGAACCAGCAGACUGUGAUUCCUACUGCAAGGCAUCCAAAGGGAAGUUGAAGAUCAACAUGAAGAAGUAUUGCAAGAAAGACUAUGCUGUCCAGAUCCACAUCCUGAAAGCAGACAAGGCUGGAGAAUGGUGGAAGUUCACUGUCAAUAUCAUCUCUGUGUACAAGCAAGGAACAAACCGGAUACGGCGUGGUGACCAGAUCCUCUGGAUUCGCUCGAAAGACAUAGCCUGCAAGUGCCCCAAAAUCAAACCCAUGAAGAAAUACUUGCUGCUGGGCCACGAUGAGGAUUCUCCAGACCAGAAUGGCAUCGUGGCAGACAAGAGCAGCCUUGUGAUACAGUGGAGGGACACGUGGGCUCGGCGGCUGCGGAAGUUCCAGCAACGGGAAAAGAAGGGGAAGUGCAAGAAAGCCUAGUGGGAGAACUGGAGACGGGCAGAGGGACUGCACACACUCUUGGGCGUAGGGCUACCUGGAGCAGGUGGGGUGGGGUUAGGGAACACUGGCAAGACAUUCACUUUACAGUUUCUGUGCAACAGGGUUGGGGAGGGCAAAGAAGGGGUUGACAAUGUCCGAGGCACGUGCCAAUUUUGCACCUCAUAAUACAGGAACUCCGUGAAAGUUAGUGAGAAAGUUUAGAGAAAGCGGCACAUGUGAGACCCUACUCACCAUAG